GUGACCUCACUUCCGUUAAGAAGAAGGAAUUUUUUUUCCUCCCAUUGUAGACCUAACUAGCAUCUUCUUUGAUAGCUUUUCACAGCCUUAUAUAUAUUUACAGCCCUGGUAUUGAUGUUUGCAUCCCAAUAACGAAGAAGAAGAGUGACAUAUUCCCACAACUGGUCAUUGAGGGAAACAGACCAAACAGCAUCAUGUCUGCAGACCUGGACCUGUCCCCUCCAGAGGUCCCUGAGCCUACAUUUCUAGAGAGCCUACUGCGUUACGGGUUGUUUCUGGGUGCCAUCUUCCAGCUCAUCUGCAUCCUGGCUGUCAUCUUCCCCACAUCCAAGGGGCAUGAACACGAGGAGACUGAGUCCACUGAUGGCAAGACAUCUGAACAGAUGAAGAAACCUAAAGGAUCGGCAACUCAGAUUCGACAGAAGCCAAAGAAAGAGAGCAAAAAGAAGCGAUAGACAGGUGUGUGUGUGUGUGUGUGUGUGUGUGUGUGUGUGUGUGUGUGUGUGUGUGUGUGUGUGUGUGUGUGAGAGAGAGAGAUAGUGUGAGAGUGUGUGUGUGUGUAACAAUCAGUGAAUCAACAUGUGCAGAUACCCAUACAGUUAUCACUACAGGUAUUUGAAACACUAAUGUCAUAUUACAAUAAAAAUGUAUGUGCACUUAAUUUGAGACACUUCAGAAUUAAACAUGAACUGUGUCCUAUUCGCAAUCAACACAGUAUUACAAGAAGCAAAUUGCCAUGGUGUUGGUGCGGUGCUGACUGCCACAUUUUAUUGGGUAUAUGUUUUUCAUUUAUUUUCUUUUAUAAUUGAGUAUCAUUGAUUGAAGUGUAUUUGGAUGCAACAGGCAAUUAAAUGCAUUUUGCAGUCAUUCA